CGAUGGCAAUGUGUUUUCAAACCAUAAUGUCUCUGAAAUUAAUUUGUGUGGCUACUCUUGCUACUGUGAUACCUAUGUCAGCGUUUAACCAUAGUGCCGCGAAAAAAGAAUCUGAAUUUAACAAGUUUUGGGAAACAUCGAUGAAACAAGAAGAAUUUGAUGGCAUGCCACUACCCGAGAAUUCAGAUCUACCGACAUCCACACAAAUUACACCAGCAGUUGUGAACAUCGGACAACGUUAUGGUGUCCCGUACACACAACUUUUGGGAAAAAAGAAACAUCACUCUCCUGGAAAAAAAGACGAUAUCAUGGAGCAUGUGGUGGGUGCGUCGCUCAUUUCGGGCGGUACACUGUUCUCACUGGGCGCACUGUCGAUGGUCAUAAUGGCCAGCAAAGCGCUGUUGUUUGCGUUCGGCGCUAUCAUGUUGACGUGCUUGAGCUCCGGUUGGAUAUCAGGAUGGCACAAGUCUGGAGACAAGGCAGGAACUGUAUAUGAAGUUGUCGCCAAACCACAGAUUACGCAUGGUCACAGCUACUCGUCAGAAGUGCACCAUGAACCUUAUACUGCAGGGUACCCACAGCAGCAGCAGCAAUCGAUCGGAGAGUACUACAAUGGAUAUCCGUUACAACCGCCGCAUUAAUACAGUAGCCCACCACAUUCUUAUUCGU